AUGCCACAAGUUGUUGCUUUAGAAACUUAUUGUCUUGAAAAUUCAAAUAAAUUAACACGACCAGGUUUUGAAACAUUCUUAAGUACUGAUGAAAGUCGUAGACCAACAGUCAUUGAUAAACGUCAAGCUAAACGUCUCUAUCGUUUACAAAGUAUACCUAAUGUCAAUACUCGUCUUUAUUUGGAUAAUUCAGAUGUUGGUAAUGAAACAAAACAAGAUUUUGAAAGUAUUGUACGUAAACAAAUAGAUGAAAGUUCUAUUCAACCAUCUACGAAAGUUUAUCAUCGACCAUUGGAUGUAUCGAAUAAAUCGUUGGCAAAAUUUUCAUUUGGAAAAAUUCGUCAUGAUCCUCAACAGAUCAUACCAAGUCAAAUUACAACAGUACGUAAUCAUCCGGCAGCUAUUACUAUCCUUCGACAUGAGCAAGGUCCUAAUAAUGAAAUUGUACCUCGUUUUACCGAUCGAUUAGUUUUAGAUCAAACAAUUCGUAAUCGAUUAAAUUCUAAUUGUGCAUUAAAUCGUACAGAAGAUUGUAAACAAACAGAUGAUGAUCUUCAAAAUCGAUCACUUCAAUCUAAUCUUACAUAUAAUCCAAAACAACAACAAGAAUUAAAUCGCAAUGCAAUCGCUCAUCAUUUUAUUUAUACAUCAAUGCAACAAGCUGCUUUUGAUGAAAUACCAUGGGAUUCAAAAUUACCACCAAAAUUACCAGUACCAUUAACAACUUAUGAAGUAAAUGGUAGUGAUCCAUUAUUAAAAUCUAAAAGUCAUUUAUCAUUUCUUGAUACACGUACAUGUAAUAUUCUUCAAUGGGAUCGUGUACAAUCACGAAAUAUUCAUUACAAUCGAAAACCUUUUAAUAAUGUUGCACCAUUAUCACGUGCACAACAGAUACCAGGUUAUGCAGGUUCAAUUGGUGGUUAUAAUCUACAAGAUAUUGAUAAUCCAGAUAUUGAUUAUAAACCUUAUACAGUACUUCGCACUGAACAACCAAAAUUUUCGUUAAAUCCCUUUUUGUCGUUACCAUCACCACUACCACAUGAACCUUCUUCAGAUAUUGCUGAUAGUUCACCAUUGUCAUCAUAUACUCAAAUUGGUAUAUCACCUCUAUUAUCAUCAUUACAUGUUGCUGGUCAUCGUCCAUCUUAA